AUGGAUUCCUUGGCGCCGCCGUGCUCUUCCACGGAUGUGCAACAGCGGAAGCAGAGGAGAAUGGAAUCAAACCGCGAAUCAGCGCGGGUGAAGAAGCAGAAGUAUGUGGACGAUCUGACGGCUGAGGCUGCUCAUCUCUCCGAACUAAAUAACCAGAUAUCGAACAGCAUGAAUGCCACCAUGCAGCAGUGUGUGAAAAUUGAGGUGCACAACUCGGUGCUGAGGGCUCAGAUCAUGGAGCUCUCACACAGACUCCAUUCCUUCAAACAAAUAUUGACUCAUCACGCCGUCUUUGAGCCUGAUCACUUAAACUUUGGCCAGGGUUUGUUGAACAAUUCAUGGAAUUUGUUGGAGGCCCCACACCAAUAA